AAACACAAUUCUACAGCUAAAAUGGCGCAGGAGCAACAGCAGGAAACAACACAGGGAGAGAUGGAGGCUGGAGGAGUAAACUGUCUUGCUUAUGAUGAGGCCAUUAUGGCACAGCAGGACAGAAUUCAGCAGGAGAUCGCAACAAGCAUCCUUUUAGUGUCAGACAGACAGGAGCUGUCAGUUUUGCAGAGAGAGUAUGCCGCGGAAGACACCAUUUAUCAGCUCAAGAUCAAGGAUUUACACAAAAAAUACUCAUAUAUUCGUAAGACGCGACCAGACGGGAACUGUUUCUACAGAGCGUUUGGCUUUUCACAUCUCGAAUCACUGCUCGAAGACAGCAAAGAGCUGCAGAGGUUCAAAGCAGUGGCAGCAAAGAGCAAACUGGACCUGGUCAACCAGGGUUUCACUGAGUUCACCAUUGAAGACUUCCACAAUACUUUCAUGGACCUGUUAGAGCUGUGUGAGAAGCAGCCAGGACUCAGUGAGCUGCUGGGCUCCUUCAGAGACCAGAGCGUGUCAGACUACAUCGUGGUGUACCUGCGGUUGCUCACUUCAGGCUACCUGCAGAGGGAGCACGGUUUCUUCCAGCACUUCAUCGAGGGGGGACGCUCUGUCAGGGAGUUCUGUCAGCAGGAGGUGGAGCCCAUGUCUAAAGAAAGUGACCAUAUCCACAUCAUCGCUUUGGCCCAGGCCCUGAACGUGUCCAUCCUAGUGGAGUAUAUGGACCGGGGUGAGGGGGGCACCGUCAACCACCACGUCUUUCCUGAAGGCAGCGAGCCUCGUGUCUUUCUCCUCUAUAGACCCGGCCACUACGACAUCUUGUAUAAAUAACUACCUGCUGUUUAGAAAAUUCCCCCCAAUGUCCUUUCCUACUGCUGCAGUGGCGAAAUACUUCACCUGCCACACUGAUGCAUACAUGUGUGUUUGAAGAUUACACUGGUAUUUGAGAAGGGAAAAAAACAAUCACAUUAUACAGCCCCCUUCUCCCUCCCCGUCACUCAAUAUAUCACAGAACAGUGAAUUAAUAAAAACAAAUAUUUACCAAAAAAAUAGCAGAGGCUCCAGAUGUUUAGAGUUGUACAGUUUUUACUUUUAUUUUGUGGUUGUAAAUGUUAUCAACUUGCUUUUUUUGUUGGAUUAUUUUCCUUUGUUACACUGCGUUUUAUUAAAGGUAUUUACAUCUUA